GGGCUAUAUUUUUAUCUUUUGAAAACAGGUGCAUUGCCAUGCUAACCAAAGCAAUUCGUUUGAAGCCGAGUAUACCAAAUAUAUCUUGCUCAGCUUCACCGAAAGACGAACUUGUGAAAGUGAAAUGAUAAUUUAAACUAACUAUAAUCAUAAUGCAUUACUUUAGAACCAUAAGAAUGAGUAGCCAUAUCGGUUGUUUGGACUUGUCUUCGGGUCAAUCGUCAUCGCCGGCAUGGCGAAUGCAGUGUCGGCAGAGGGCAGUGGCAAGGAAAAGCCAACUAUUGGCUGCCAAGUUCGCUCAGUGGUAGAAGAGGUGGACGGAAUCGACCACACCGGACGGAAGGUCUCUUCUUUAACUUAUUCACAGCCGAUUAGACUCAAGCACCCCAUCAAGCACACCAAAUUCCUGGACGGCAAAUCCGCGUAUCUGGAGCUGGACAAAGAUUGCAAAAGGGUCAAAAUGACUACUCGUCUUCCCAAUUUUUACUUUGAAGUUCAGCCAUGGUAUACGACUUAUCAGAAGUGGGACGAAUCGGGAAAAGUUCCAACAGAGAUAAUAAGAGCGCGCUACCAGGUUGUACAGUAGAUCGCGGGGCAACCUCGAGGCGCAUACCCAUAUCUCUGUGAAUCUCACGCCCUUUUUAUGCGCAUUCACAUUACAGGUGAGCGUACCUAUGCUUAUUCACCUUGGUGGGGGUUGGAGACUUCUCUGGUUUGCAAAGAGCCAGGCUCCAUUUGGUCUGGUCCGGACAACACUAGCCAAGGCUUGCAUAUCAGAAAUGGCGUUGAUUUAGCAGCAAGGAAUGUUGGGUUCCUGGAUUUUGUUACUCUACCGAAUUAGUCUAUCUCGAAAGAAACACUCAGAAUUCUCAACUUCCA